AUGGAACAAAAUGGCACAACCAAGCGCAAGCAACCACCAACGUCACCAACAACAGACCGUCCGGUGAAGCAGAUCAAGCCCGAAAUAGACGCACACACCUCCAACGGAGUCAUGUCGCACUCGCCCGACCAGGAAGAGGCCAUGGACGAUGCGCAUAGCGAGUACAGCUCCCACGAGGAGAUUCCAUCAUCGGCGCAUAUCACAGCCGUCACAGGACAGGACACGGCAGAGUGGCAACGAACUAUAGAGAAUGUGGUCAAGAGCGUCGUAUCGAUACACUUCUGUCAGACGUGCUCGUUUGACACAGACCCGGCCAUUAGCUCAGAGGCGACUGGCUUUGUCGUGGAUGCUGAGAAGGGCUACAUCCUCACCAACAGGCAUGUUGUCGGCGCCGGACCUUUCAUCGGCUACUGCAUCUUCGAUAACCACGAGGAAUGCGACGUCCACCCCGUCUACCGCGAUCCUGUCCACGACUUCGGUAUCCUCCGCUUCGACCCCAAGAAGAUCAAGUACAUGCCCGUCACCGCCCUCAAGCUCCGCCCAGACAACGCCAAAGUCGGCGUCGAGAUUCGCGUCGUGGGUAACGAUGCCGGAGAGAAGCUCAGUAUCUUGUCGGGAGUUAUCAGUCGAUUGGAUCGCAAUGCGCCCGAAUACGGCGAGGGCUACUCCGACUUCAACACCAACUACAUUCAGGCUGCAGCUGCAGCGAGUGGAGGAUCCUCGGGCAGUCCCGUAGUAGACCGCGACGGAUUUGCAGUUGCGCUGCAAGCCGGUGGACGUGCUGAUGGUGCCGCGACCGACUACUUCCUGCCCCUGGACCGACCGCUACGCGCUCUCGAGCUUGUCCGCCAAGGCCAGCAUGUAUCUAGAGGCACCAUCCAGACCCAGUGGAUACUGAAGCCCUUCGACGAGUGCCGGAGACUAGGUCUCUCUCCUGCCCUGGAGAAAGAGAUCCGCACUCAGUUCCCCAAGGAGACAGGCAUGCUGGUCGCUGAGGUGGUUCUACCCCAAGGGCCUGCGUCUGCCAAGGUCGAAGAAGGUGAUCUUCUGUUGCGUGUCAACGGAGAGUUGCUUACACAGUUCGUCCGACUUGAUGCCAUUCUUGACGACAACGUUGGCAAGACCAUCUCUGUGACCAUACAGCGUGCUGGGGAGAACAUGGAUGUUGAGCUAGACGUUGGCGAUCUCCAUGCCAUCACCCCUGACAAGUUUGUUUCUGUCGCAGGCGCAUCUUUCCACGACCUCUCAUACCAACAAGCUCGCCUCUACGCCAUCUCGCUGAAAGGCGCGGGUGUGUACGUCUGCGAGGCAGCUGGUUCCUUCAGGUUCGCCGACGGCUACACAUCAGGGUGGUUGAUUCAGGAAGUUGACAACCAGCCGACACCAGACCUUGACACCUUUAUUGAAGUCAUGAAGAAGAUCCCAGACCGUAAGCGAGUGGUUAUGAUGUACAAGCAUCUGCGCGAUCUGCAUACUGCGAACACUAGUAUUACUGCUGUGGACAGGCAUUGGCAUGCAAAGAUUCGGGUAGCAACACGCAAUGACACCACAGGCUUGUGGGACUUCAAACCACUCGCCGAUGCCAUUCCAUCUGUGCCUCCUGUUCCUCGCCGUGCGAACUUCGUCAAGAUGAGCUCAAGCUAUCCUGAGGCUGUAGACAUUGUUCGUAGCUUCGUACGAGUGCAUGUCUCUAUGCCUAUUAAGCUAGAUGGCUUCCCCAAGAUGAACAAACAGGGCUAUGGACUCGUUGUCGAUGCUGAACAGGGUCUUGUCCUUGUCUCGAGGGCGAUUCUGCCAUAUGACCUUUGCGACAUCUCGCUCAUCAUUGCUGACAGCAUCUUUGUCGAUGCCAAGGUUGUCUUCAUGCACCCAUUGCAGAACUAUGCCAUUGUCAAGUACGAUGCCUCUCUUGUCAACGCUCCUGUAAAGACACCCAAGUUCGCCACCGACUUCAUCAAGAAAGGAGCAGAGACCAUCUUCUUUGGCAUCAACCAAAACUUCCGACCUGUCGUAGCAAAGACUGUCGUCACUGAUAUCACCACAGUCGCGAUUCCAGCUAGCGCAAUCACACCUAGAUACCGUGCGACCAACUUCGACGCCAUCACUGUAGACACGAACCAAGCCUCACAUAGUGGUUCUGGCGUGCUGAUUGCUGAGGAUGGCACCGUUCAGGCUCUCUGGCUCUCGUACCUAGGCGAGCGGACAUCACACAGUGGCAAAGACGUUGAAUACCAUCUUGGUCUUGCAACGCCCAACCUUCUGCCAGUUCUCAACGAGAUCCGAGGCGGAACCACACCCAAGCUACGUAUCUUGAACGUCGAGUUCCAGACCGUCCAGAUGAGUCAAGCCCGCGUCAUGGGUGUCUCAGAGGAAUGGAUCGAGAAGACUGAGACGGCUGAUCCAGAGCGCCACCAGCUCUUCAUGGUCCGCAAGGUCGAUUCAGGUCACGGCGAUGGUCUCAACGAAGGCGAUGUCCUCCUUACGCUCAAUGGCAAGCUGGUCACACGUUCACCUGACCUCGACAUCAUGUACAACAACGAGUUCCUGGACGCUGUUGUUGUGCGCAAGCGUGAGGAGAAGACUAUCAAGGUAUCGACUGUCGCAACAGAGGACCUUGAGACUGAUCGCCUAAUCAGUUUCUGUGGUGCCACUUUCCAUCGCCCUCAUCAGGCUGUGCGCCAGCAGAUCAGCAAAAUUCACUCGGAUGUUUACAUCUCGUCGCGGGCUCGUGGCUCACCGGCAUACAUGUACGGGCUCGCGCCUACAAACUUUGUCACACACGUGAACAACGUCCCUACUCCCAAUUUGUCGGCCUUCCUCACCGAAAUUAAGAAGAUCAAGGACAAUGAAUACUUCCGCAUGAAGGUCAUGACCUUUGACAACGUACCAUGGGUCGCGACCAUGAAGAAGAAUGAGCACUACUUCCCAACCAUCGAGCACAUCAAGGACGCGUCUGCGCCACUGGGUUGGAAGAAGAUCAUACACGAGUGUGAUGCUGGUGGUGCGAGGGAAGAGAUGGGGCCGGACGAGCUGGAGGCGGAUGCUGCAGAUGAGUAG